AAAAUAAAAACCUUCUUGGAAACCAAAUUCCCUUUCCAUUAGUGAAAGAAUAUGAAAUAAAAAUGGAGGCGGAGAAGCUUUCACUCGAGGCAACCAAAGAAAGGAAUGAAAUGGGAAUGAGAAGGUUGGGAUGGUUUCUUCUGCUUCUCUUCUUCUUUCCGUCAUCUUCAAAUCCUUCGCAGAAUCCUUUACAGAGUCCUUCACGAAAUUCUCUGGUCUCGGUCUCCAAGGGCGGGCAAAAUGUUAGAAAAAGAGGUGUAGUGGAGAAUGGUUUGAAUAAAAUAGGAUUUGGAGAAGAGAGAAUAGUUAGACCAGAAGUCCAUGUUGGUGGUCACGGUGUUGGAGGUCACGGUGUUGGAGGCCACGGUGUUGGAGGCCACGGCGGCGGCGGUCAUAGUGAGGGUGGUCACGGUGGAGGUGGGGCCAUGAACCAUCACAACAACAAUAAGGAUGAUCCACGCGUCCGUGGUGCUAAGAGUUGCACCACGAACUAUAUUGGUUUCCUUCACUUGACUUUUCUAGUCAUGCCCCUGCUUUUUCUUAUUUAGAUCUCAUAUGACUUUUAGAUAAGUGUGACACUAAAAAAAAUUGUAUGUACUACAUCAAACUUUUACCUUUUCUAAUCUAAAUAUUUCACUUUUUUUUUUU